CGCAUGCGCAGUAAGGCCUCACUGAGAACUGGGUGGACUUUGAUCUCACCUUCAUCCAUCUCUAUUUUAAAUUCUCUACCCUCUCAAUGGCUACCCCCAUGGACACAGACCAAGAGCUGAGGGAGUUCCAGAGAGAGUAUCUAGAGUUCUUGGAUGAUGAGGAUGACCAGGGGCUCUACCAAGAGAAGGUGAGGGAGAUGAUACGCUCCAAUGCACACAGACUCAUCGUCAAUGUCAACGACCUGCGGAGGAAGAACGCAAAGAGAGCUGUCUCUCUCCUGAAUGAAUCACAGAGUGAGUUAUUAGCCUUCCAGGAAGCUCUCAGAGAAUAUGUCCUCUCUUUGGAUGGAGCAUAUGGAAAAUCAUACGAGGAAUUCUAUGUCGGAUUUGUUGGGAGUUUCGGAGCUAAGCAUCACACCCCACGCUCACUGUCUGCUCGUAACCUUGGCAACCUCGUCUGCGUCGAAGGAAUUGUCACAAAAUGCUCCCUGGUGAGUCCAAAGGUCGUCAAGAGUGUCCACUAUUGCCCGGCAACCAAGAAGACGAUAGAGCGCAAGUACUCUGACCUUACGUCCCUCAACCCCUUCCCUACGUCAGGUGCCUACCCCACCAAGGAUGAGGAGAACAACCCACUGGAGACAGAGUAUGGUCUCUCUGUGUAUCGUGAUCACCAGACACUCAGUAUACAGGAGAUGCCAGAGAAUGCCCCAGCUGGACAGCUGCCUCGAUCUGUGGACAUUAUACUAGAUGAUGACCUUGUUGACCUCUGCAAGCCCGGGGACAGAGUUCAGAUCGUGGGCAACUACCGCUGUCUUCCCUCCAAGCGUUCUGGCUACACCAACGGGACCUUCCGUACCAUUCUCCUGGCUAACAAUGUCAUCGUCCUCUCCAAAGAAGUAGCUCCUCUCUUCACUGCCAAAGAUGUUGUCAAGAUAAAGAGAUUCUCUCGUAGCAAGCAACACGAUCCAUUCGAGGUGUUAGCGCAAUCACUGGCUCCAUCCAUCCAUGGCCACGAGCAUAUCAAGAAGGCAGUACUGUGCAUGUUGCUAGGGGGAGUGGAGAAAGUGCUCGAGAAUGGGACACGGCUGAGAGGUGACAUCAACCUCCUGUUGAUUGGUGACCCCUCCACAGCAAAGUCUCAGAUGCUCCGCUAUGUGCUCCACACUGCCCCCCGUGCUGUACCCACCACUGGACGAGGGUCCUCUGGGGUGGGGCUAACAGCAGCCGUCACCACAGACCAAGAGACGGGGGAGCGUAGACUAGAAGCCGGGGCUAUGGUCCUCGCUGAUAGGGGCGUGGUCUGUAUUGAUGAGUUUGAUAAAAUGAGUGACCUGGAUCGUACGGCCAUUCAUGAGGUAAUGGAACAAGGACGAGUGAGCAUUGCCAAGGCUGGUAUCCAUGCUAAACUCAAUGCUCGAUGCAGUGUACUAGCAGCUGCCAACCCUGUGUGGGGGCGGUACGACGAGUACAAGUCCCCCAUGGACAAUAUUGGGAUGCAGGAUUCACUCCUCUCUAGGUUUGACCUCAUCUUCAUUGUGUUGGAUGAGAUGGACCCGGAUCAUGACCGACGCAUCUCAGAACAUGUACUCAGAAUGCAUCGCUAUAGGAACCCAGGGGAACAGGAUGGCCAGCCAAUGAAAAUGGGGGAGGGAGGUAACACUCUCGCCGUGGCAACCGGAGGCCAUGCCCAACAGAAUAAUGACGAUGACCAGAACGAGGACACGCCCAUUUACGAGAAACACGAUCACCUCCUCCACGGCAAGAAAACCAUUCACAAGUUUGUGUCCCGACUGUUCAUGAAGAAGUACAUCCACGUUGCUAGGGCAGUCAAGCCAGUGUUGACAAGGGAGGCAUGUGAUGUCAUCUCCACUGAGUACACUAAACUGAGGGCACAGGAGACCGUCAAUGCAGACAGGGCAAAGACUCAGCCAGUGACAGCUCGUACACUAGAGACACUCAUCCGUCUGUCUACUGCCCACGCAAAAGCCCGCCUCUCCAAGAAGGUGGAGCUCUCUGACGCUGAAGCAGCCAUCGAACUCAUCAACUUUGCCUACUUCAAAAAAAUUGUCACCAAACCUCGCAAGAAGCCGCCACCAAAGGACGGAGUGGAGGGUGGAGAUAACAAAGGUAAAAAGAAGCGGCCUCGUAGUGACAGUCAGCCCGCCCACAAGAGACCCAAGUUGAAGGCUGGUGACCCCGGAUAUGACCCCUAUGACUUCACCAGUGACGAGGAUGAGGAUCUUGAUGAGUCACAUGACCUGGGAGGCAAGUCAGGUGACAUAGUGGCGGAGGAGAUGGACACACAGGAUGGACAGCAGGGACCGCGUGUAGAGCUCGGAGACAAAGAAUUGGAGUACUUCAAGGGAGCAGUGGUGAAGGAGUUCUCGCGAGAACACUCUCAGAGUUUGACACUCACUCAGCUAACGGCAGCUGCUAACGCUGACCCUGCCCACCAGUUUACUGAUGCCCAAGUGUCCGCUGCUCUGGACCUCAUGCAAGAUGCCAACCAAGUCAUGGUGUCAGAGGGUGUGGUCUUCCUCAUAUAGAGGUCACAUGACUUCAAAGACUCAAACUAACUCACGAACAACGUUAUUUGCUCAUAAUUAUAUUCUAUAUACUUACGAAUUUUUUGUUGGGUAAUAAUAGUUUAUUCCUUUACUUCAAAACAUGCGAGACAUUAUUAGCACACUG